AUGGCGUACCACGGCCAUGAUGGCGAGGAUUACGGUGGCCACGAUUUGCAGGAUCUGCCGUCAGGGAGCCAGUAUCACCUGCCACCAACAGAUGAACCCGACGAGUCACAACACGCCCUCUUAAACCAGGGCACGUCGCCAUAUGACCACGAUCACUUGAGUGCCGGCGUGCCUGCCAUCCGGCCGGAGUCGACCUACAGCUUGACCGAGUCCUACACUCCUGGUGCUAGUACCACCGUUCGUGGUGCUUCGGGAGCCUUCCCGCAUGCCCCAUCCCCCUUCCAGAAUGACACUGGUAUGUCCAGUAGCGCCUACCGGCCAGAGCAAGACCCCUACGGUGGCUUCGGCAUUCAACGACCCCAGUCGGCCAUUUCGGUGGCUGGCGACCCAGACGACAGCUUCUACCGGCGUCAAAAGCAGGCUGCUGGCGGUGGCCUCAAACGCUACCCGACGCGUAAGGUCAAGCUUGUCCAGGGCUCUGUCCUGAGCAUUGAGUAUCCCGUCCCUAGCGCCAUCCGCAACUCGGUUCAACCAGAGUAUAUCGAGAAUGAAGCGAACCACGACGAGUUCUACAAGAUGCGAUACACCGCUGCUACUUGUGAUCCGAACGAUUUCACUCUCAAGAACGGUUAUGACUUGCGCCCGCGCAUGUACAACCGCCACACAGAGCUGCUUGUUGCCAUUACCUACUACAACGAGGACAAGGUGCUAGUGUCUCGUACUCUGCACGGUGUCAUGCAGAACAUUCGUGAAAUUGUCAACUUGAAGAAGUCCACUUUCUGGAACAAGGGUGGACCUGCGUGGCAGAAAAUUGUUGUCUGUCUUGUCUUUGAUGGUCUCAACAACACCGACAAGAGCGUGUUGGACGUCCUGGCUACCGUUGGCAUCUACCAGGAUGGUGUCAUCAAGCAGGAUGUUGAUGGCCAGGAAACUGUCGCUCACAUCUUUGAGUACACCACACAGUUGUCCGUGACGCCAUCACAACAGUUGAUUCGUCCUGUCGGUGACAGCAAAAAUACAUUGCCGCCCGUCCAGUUCAUCUUCUGUUUGAAGCAAAAGAACAGCAAGAAGAUUAACUCUCACCGCUGGCUCUUUAAUGCUUUUGGUCGCAUCCUGAACCCCGAGGUGUGUAUUCUGCUCGAUGCUGGUACUAAGCCCAGUCCGACGUCGCUGCUUGCCCUCUGGGAGGGAUUUUACAACGACAAGGAUCUAGGUGGUGCCUGUGGUGAGAUUCACGCCAUGUUGGGCAAGAACGGUCGCAAACUCUUCAAUCCUCUCGUGGCCAUCCAGAACUUCGAGUACAAGAUUUCCAAUAUUCUGGACAAGCCCCUUGAGAGUGCUUUUGGCUACGUCAGUGUGCUGCCUGGUGCCUUUUCGGCCUACCGCUUCCGUGCGAUUAUGGGUCGUCCACUCGACCAGUACUUCCACGGUGACCACACGCUAUCUGCUAUUCUUGGCAAGAAGGGUAUCGAGGGCAUGAACAUUUUCAAGAAGAACAUGUUUUUGGCCGAGGAUCGUAUUCUCUGUUUCGAAUUGGUUGCCAAGGCUGGUCAAAAGUGGCAUCUUUCCUACAUCAAGGCCGCCAAGGGUGAAACUGAUGUGCCAGAGGGCGCCCCCGAGUUCAUCAGCCAGCGUCGUCGUUGGCUUAACGGUUCCUUCGCAGCCAGCUUGUACUCUGCUAUACACUUCGGUCGAUUUUACAAAAGUGGGCACAACAUCGUUCGCAUGUUCUUCUUCCACGUCCAACUGCUAUACAAUUUCGCCAACCUUGUCUUCUCCUGGUUCUCGCUUUCUUCUUACUGGCUCACGACGUCUGUCAUCAUGAAUCUCGUUGGUGAACCUGACACGACAACGAAGCACCACGGUUGGCCAUUUGGUGACACGGCAACUCCUAUCAUCAACUUCAUCUUGAAGUAUAUCUACUUGGCUUUUGUUAUUCUGCAAUUCAUUCUGGCUCUGGGUAAUCGGCCGAAGGGCUCGAAGUAUGCAUACAUCGCAUCAUUUGCCGUCUUUGGUAUCAUUCAGGCCUAUAUCUUGGUUCUUUCCGUCUACCUGGUAGUGCGAGCUCUGCAGACGCCGGUCAGCGAACAGAUCGACACAGACAAUAUCCACGACUUUUUUGCUAGUGUGUUCGGUACGAAUGCUGGUGCAGCCGGUGUCAUCAUUCUGGCUCUCUUCACGAUUUACGGCAUCUACUUCAUUGCUUCCUUCCUAUACCUUGACCCCUGGCACAUGUUCCACUCCUUCCCCCAGUACAUGAUUCUUAUGACCUCAUACAUCAACAUCCUGAUGGUUUAUGCUUUCAACAACUGGCACGAUGUAUCGUGGGGUACGAAGGGUUCGGACAAGCAAGAGGCACUUCCUUCUGCACAAAUCACAAAGGGUGAAAAGGAUGAAGUGGUGGUUGAAGAAAUUGACAAGCCGCAGGAGGAUAUCGACAAGCAGUUCGAGUCCACGGUGAAACGUGCCCUUGAACCGCCCAAAACUGAGGAGGAGGUGGAGGUCAAGGACAUUCAGGACUCAUACAAGUCUUUCCGGACGAUGGUGGUCAUCUUGUGGCUCUUUUCCAACUGCCUAUUGGCCGUUGUUAUUACGAGCUCGAACUUCGACAAUCUUGGUCCUUCCAGUACUACCACGGCCCGUACUGCUUGGUUCUUCAGAUUCUUGCUUUUCGCUACUGCUGCACUGUCUACGUUUCGCUUCAUCGGUUUCCUCGUGUUCCUCGGCAAGACCGGCCUCAUGUGCUGUAUUGCUCGACGGUAA